UCGUCCUAUUUUUUGAAUUCCAUAUUUAAUGCAAAGCUCUCUCCUCCUUUUCAGGCCACCACACUAAAUGUAGCUGUCAAUUCGAACAACAAGGGCCUCCUGACCAUUAUGAUAUCCAACAAUUUCGUAGAGCUGAAAGGUUCCGUAUUCAAGAAAUUCGAUAAGAACAACCUCUUCCAGUUGACAUGCAGUGAUGUGCGCGAACGUUUCCAUCUCUCCGUCCUGCUGUUCAUUGUUAUGAUACAAACAAUGAAAGAAUUCGAUUGGAGUAUAACACAAUUCUGUGUAAUGUUACCCGAUUGUUUUUCAGUUUUAAUUACCGAAAUUCUUAUCGAUUGGAUCAAGCAUGCUUUCAUUACGAGAUUUAAUGAGUUACCAGAAUGCAUUUAUCGCGAGUAUACCACUAGCUUGGCAUAUGAUAUGACACAGACAAGGCAGAAGCAUGCAUUUUCCGAUCACUCAGAUUUGGUGGCACGGCGUAUGGGUUUUAUACCAUUCCCGCUGGCAGUGGUAUUGAUUAAGGCCAUCUAUUCGGCGGUGUCAUUUAAUAAUUUGGCGGCAUGGAUAUUAUUUUCGUUGGCUUAUCUAUUUGCCUUGGGUAUGAGAAUUGCUUUGACAAUUUGUGCCUUGGGUAAGGCAUGUAAAUUGAUGAAAGAACAUCAGGAUGAGAAAUGUAAUACAUCGACACCGAGUUCCAUGACAAAUGUGCCACCAGUGGGCGCCACAACGAAGCCGGGGUCGGCAAGUUUGGUGGGCUCAUCGGUUUUGGCAUCAUCUUCACCAAUUCUAAAUCGUCAUCGUACAGAUGUGGCCACAUCCCCCACACAUCCUUCUUCACAUAGUAGUGUUGCGGGUUCGGGCGGUGGAGGAAGUGUUAGUGCCGGAGUAGCUGGAAGUGGAAAUAAUUCUGGAAGUAGCUUUAAUUUCCCCUUACAAAGAUCCAUUACGACUGAUUUAUCAUCCACGAUGUCUUCAACAACGUCCACGCCAAAACAGAGUCACAAUAAAAACAAUAAUUCCAAUAACAAUACAACGGCCUGUAACAGUGCUCCAAGUGUCUUAAACAAAGCAACCGCCAUCACCACAUCACCCACCUCCAAGGGUGCAAUAAUUAACAUUACCCACAAUGAUAUUGAGUUAGAUGUGAAAAGUUCAUUGGAAUUGGGUGCAACAGCUUUAUUUUCCAACAGUGAUGUGGAUUUAGAUGAUGUUUGCUUGAAUGAACAUGUCCUGGACACAAAUACAUCAACUACAACUGGUUUUGUAGAAGAGGCUUUGGCACGCAGUGAACCUGAUCUGCAGAUCAGUCAAUCGUCAAGUGUUAAUACUACACCCACGUCGAGUAUUACCACAACAAAGGUGACAGCAACCCAACAAAUUCGAAGGCGUACCCAUAAACGUUCGGAAUCCGAGCCAAGUAUGCAGAGCAUAGUUGGUUCCUCAGAUUCCAGUGAAUCAUCGUCGACACAUCAGGCGUAGUUGUGAUGAUGAUAAUCACGAUGAUGAGGUUCUAUGUGUGAAAAAAGACAAGUAUUGCAUGAAUGUUGGAAAAAAGACAAACUACCUUUGUACAAGCGGUAGCCUUUGCUCAUCUUGGGACUUAGUGUUAAAUUAUAUAAAACUGUGUUUUUUUAUUCAAUACAAUGUUUCUUAUCGUAUAUUUUUGUUUACAAAAUAUAAGUUAUAUUUUUUGUUGAAA